UUCGAAGAAUUCGUGUGCAAAGUAGUAUUAUGAUGGGCGGGCAAAGUGUGUAGAAGUAUCAACUCAAUUUGAAAUCUAGAACAAACUAGCAAGACAUGGAACAAUGAAUUUCGAUAUCUACAGAUGGCCACCAAAAGUAAAUAGCAAAUUGAAAUCUAACCUGGAAAUUCAAGGGCUUGAAUUUGAAUUUCAUAAUUUCAUAAAACUUGCAAGUCCUGUGUAAGGUGAAACCCGUAAGUACUAACUUGUCCAAAUCAGAAUUCCAUUCGCCCAUCUUAGUAAUUGUAUCUUGUAGGUUGAAGGCUGAAGCCUUCUCCCACUGUAGAUGUCUGGAUAUCGCCUCUCUCUCUCCCGCCAUAAUUUUGAUGCUGUCUCUCCUCAUCCUCGGGUUCCAUCAACGUUGUACUCGGAAACCCUUAUCGGAUCCCUCCAAACUCUUCCCAUUUCGUCUCCACACGCUCUCUCUGUUGCCCAGAAGAAACAAACCCAAGAAACAUUCUGAUGUUACAGCCAGUACCUGGAACACAACACACAGAUUUGUACUCGCCAACUCCACACUCUCCAUUCUUGAAACCAAAUGCAAGUCCAUGAUACACCUCAAGCAAGUCCAAUCCCAAAUGAUCGUCACUGGGCUUUGUUUAGACGGCCUGGCUUAUAGUCGGUUAAUAGCUUUUUCUGCGCUCUCCCCAAUGGGUGAUCUUAAUUAUUCCAAAAGGUUAUUGUUCGCUAUGCAGAACCCGAAUGCGUUUUCUUGGAAUAUCAUUAUUAGAGCCAUCUGUGAUAGCCAAAACCCAUCUGAAGCUUUUCUACUAUACAAAGAGAUGGUAGCUGUUAGUGUUAGUGGUGUUAGUUUGAGGCCUGAUAAUUAUACGUUUCCUUUAUUGUUCAAGACUUGUGCUAAAUUGUUGUUUUUUUGGAUGGGGCAUGAGAUUCUUGGUCACGUAUUGAAAAUGAACUAUGACGGGGAUAUAUUUGUGCAUAAUGCUUUAAUUCAUUUUUUGGUUUCUUGUGGGGAGCUACAGGCUGCGUAUAAAGUGUUUGAGGAAAGUUGUGUUAGGGACUUGGUUUCUUGGAACUCUUUGAUUAAUGGGUACACGAGGAGUGGAAGAGGGAAGGAGGCUUUGAGGAUAUACAGGGAAAUGCAGAUGGAGGGGGAUGUUGAUCCGGAUGAGGUUACUAUGAUUGGGGUUGUUACGGCAUGUACGCAGUUGGAAGAUUUGAAGCUCGGGCGUGAAUUCCAUUGGUAUAUAAGAGACCGGGGGUUGCACAUGACCGUCCCGCUUGCUAAUGCACUUCUGGAUAUGUAUGUAAAAUGUGGAGAUCUUGAGGAAGCAAAGGUGUUGUUUGAGAGGAUGGAAGAGAAGACGAUGGUGAGUUGGACAACCAUGGUAAUGGGGUAUGCGAAAUUUGGUUAUCUCGAUACUGCUCGGAGACUUUUCAGUGCAAUGCCAGAGAAGGAUGUCGUCCCGUGGAACGCAAUGAUAAGUGCUUAUGUCCAAGCCGGGCGUGGCAAAGAAGCAUUGUCUUUGUUUCAUGAGAUGCAAGCAAUGGAAGUUGAGCCUGAUGAGGUGACCAUGGUUAGCUGCUUAUCUGCUUGCGCACAACUUGGAGCACUUGAUGUUGGAAUUUGGAUUCAUCAUUACAUUGAGAAACAUAAUCUCCUUCUCAACGUUGUUCUUGGGACAGCUUUGGUCGAUAUGUAUGCCAAGUGUGGCAAUAUUAAGAAAGCACUUCAGGUUUUCCAAGAGAUUCCAGGUAGAAAUGCUCUAACUUAUACUGCUAUAAUUGGUGGCUUGGCACUUCAUGGAGAUGCACAAGAUGCCUUAUCAUAUUUCCUAGAGAUGGUUGAUGCUGGUCUAACACCAGAUGAAGUAACUUUUCUGGGCGUUCUGUCAGCAUGUUGUCAUGGAGGUCUGGUGGAAGAGGGUAGGAAGAUAUUUUCUCAAAUGAGCUCCAAGUUUAACAUUCCCCCCCAAAUCAAGCACUACUCUUGCAUGGUUGACCUUCUCGGUAGGGCUGGUCUUCUCACGGAGGCCAUAGAACUUCUUGAAACCAUGUCCAUGGAAGCAGAUGCCGUGGUUUGGGGUGCCAUGUUUUUUGCUUGUCGAAUCUACAAAAACAUCGAGUUGGGAGAGAGAGCCGCCAUGAAACUUCUAGACUUGGACCCCAGUGAUAGUGGAAUAUAUGUGUUGCUUGCCAACAUGUAUGUUGAAGCAAAUAUGUGGGAUAAGGCUGGGGAGGUAAGAAAGAUGAUGAGAGAGAGAGGAGUAGAUAAGACCCCUGGUUGCAGCUCCAUUGAGGUUAAUGGCAAUCUGUAUGAGUUCAUAGUCAGAGAUAAGUCGCAUCCUCAAUCCAACCAGAUAUAUGAAUGUUUGAUUCAGUUGUCAAAACAAAUGGAACUUGUAGAAAGUGUCGCUGGUGUACCUCAUCCAAAAGAUGAGUUCCUGUUUGCUUCUGAAGUCAACAACUGACUCUUGAUUGUCUGAAUGUGUAGAUAUCAGACAGAAUUCCCUUUCAUUAGAACUAUUUUAGCUGUCAUUUUAAUAGGUUUUGGCAGACUCAUACCUCAAUCCUACAUUAUAUAGCUCAAGGGGGUUCUGCUCAGGGACUUCCAAUAUUAGGCUUCUCAUGUUCAUUCCUCAAGUCAAGAGAAGACUUGAACGGGAAAAUAGUCCAGAGAUUUUGGUUUAGCAGUUGAUAGAAAACUUCCAGAGUAAUUUUCAGAAA